AGUAUUUCGAGAAUCGAGCAACGUCAACAGAUUUGUUUUUUUAUCUGUGGAGCAGAGGAAAUAUCAAGCAGGAGCAGGCAGGCGGGCAAUGGUGGGUUUUGACAUAUAUGGAGUUGAUAAGGAAAUCGGCGGUGCUUUACCACUAUCCAUGUCCCGACGGCGCUUUCGCCGCUCUGGCAGCUCAUCUCUACUUCUCCGCCGCUUCUCUCCCCUGUCUCUUCUUCCCCAACACUGUCUACGCUCCUCUCAAAGCAGACCAGCUUCCUCUCCACCAAAUCAGCAAUCUUUACCUUCUGGAUUUCGUGGGCCCUCCCGGAUUUGUCCGCCAUGUCUCCUCGAAGGUUACCAGAGUGGUGAUACUGGACCACCAUAAAACUGCAAUGGAGAUGCUUGGGGGUGCGGCCACCUCGGUGGGGGAGAACGUGACAAGAGUAUUGGACAUUGAGAGGAGUGGAGCAACCAUUGCUUUUGAUUACUUCAAGCAAAAGCUGACUGAGGACUCACAUGGCGAUUGUAGAGCAAUCGGGGAGUUUGAGCGCAUGAGGCCACUCUUUGAUUACGUUGAAGAUGGAGAUCUUUGGAAGUGGAAACUCCCAAAAAGUAAAGCUUUCAGUAGUGGUCUCAAAGAUUUGAACAUCGAGCUCAGCUUUCGUUUGAAUUCUUCCUUGUUUGAUCAGUUACUUUCUUUGGAUUUGGAGUCAAUCAUCAGCCAAGGGACGACCAGCUUAGAGUAUAAGCAAAAAUUGAUAAGUGAAACUCUUGAUCAAUCAUAUGAAAUUGCACUUGGUGGUGGAGCAUUUGGUCACUGCCUGGCAGUUGAUGCAGAUUCCUUUUCAGAAUUGAGGAGUGAACUCGGGCACCAGUUAGCUAUAAAAAGCCGUAAUUUAAAACUUAGAGGCAUUGGAGCUGUUGUGUAUAGAGUCCUGGAGCUCGAAAAUGACCAGAUGUUAAAAAUAAGCCUAAGGAGUAUGGACAGUGAAGACACAACAUGUAUUUCACAGGAGUUUGGAGGUGGAGGACAUCGAAAUGCCAGCUCGUUUAUGUUAAGCUUGAGAGAAUUUGAGCAAUGGAAGUUGCACAAGAAUGGUUUUGAAUAGGCAAAUGAAUAUUUAGACGAUUCCGUUCCCAGCUUUAAUUCUUGAAGACUGAAUCCAGUUUGAUGCUGAUUGAAACUAGCCAGGAGGACUUUUCUUGAACUUCAAUUGGUGUAAUAUUCUUAGAGAGAGAAGUUUCUUAUUAUGGUUGUAAUAAAUGAAGUUUAUGGCGAAGUAUGGAAGAAAUUUGCUGCCUUUAUAUCUUGGAGAUUUUGUAGGGGAAGAUGUUGGGAUGUUUUCUUUGUGUUUCUCUAAAUCUAAAGUUUUUAGAGUUAGAGGUUCUUUGGAUUGUUGAGAGAACUAUUUUUUACUUAAUUAUAAGAAGCAAAUAUAGAGAUGACAAAGAAAA